AUGGAUCUUCGUAGCAAAACGGUCCUCGGUAAACGGCAGGAUGAGUCGGGCCACGAGGAAUCCGACGGCGGUGAAUCGCACGAUUCGGACGUCAAGCUCGUCACCGACGAGCACGGGAAAGGCAGGAGAAAGGGGAAGCAACGGAAAGGACCGGAGAAGCAGCAUAGCACCGGUGGCUUCAACUUCAAAACCAACAUAGUGAACAAGGAGGUGUUGCCGCCCGUCGAUGACAUCAUCACCGCCUUCACCAAAGGUCGUGGGCCGCCGGCUCAAACUAAAGGCUGUCGCGGCCCUACCAUCAAGAGUCAGCACUUCCCAACGAAGCCGUUGUACAACGCCCUCGGCCAAAACGCCUUCGUGAGCCCUAUGGACGCGAUGCGCAUUCAGGAUGGAUACGAGCUCAGCACGGCAUUAAUCGACUUCCACAACAUGCAUUCCAAAACACCAAGCGGGGAGACAUGGGUUGCGCUUGACACUGGAGCGUAUUUGAUGGCGGCGAAUCAACAGGUUCUCUUCACUGGAUUCGAGGGCGGCACCAUCCUUGACUACAACUACGUCCUUGUAGUUUACUAUCAGUGCCCGAUGCAGGCCAACCAAGUAGACUGUGGUGUCUACGUUUGCAUCUACGCAUCUGAGCUUGUUGCCCGUGGCUUCGCUAAUCUGGACGAUGGGCUGCCAGCCUUGCCCUAUGGUGGUGGCCUUUUCCGGAGGAGGAUGCGUGCGGACAUAGUCGAACAUGCACUCAAGCGGUUGAUCCCAACCCUGGAGAGGUCCGGAGUUAUGGUGCCCCACCAAGAUCCGCCGCUCAGCAAGCGCGUGAACAAGCCAGUGUCUCCGGAGCUGGCCGAAAUCGACGCGAAGCUGCGUGAUGCUGUCGGCGACAUCCACAACAUCUCCUGCCGCGUGGGGUACUGUGAGAAAGACAUCACCAAGCUCGAGCUCCUGGUGGAGAGUCUCACCAACGACUUGUCCACCACCCGCGACGAGCUCACCGCGUUGUCAGCGCAAGUUGCAGCCUUACCAGCACCGCCGCAGCAGGGGCGUAUUGGAGGAGCGGGCGGACCCAGCGCGAGAACCGACGACCCUGCCACCCAGCAAAUUCUGGCGCCGACUGCGCAACUCGAGCAGCAAGGGGAUUCUCAUCAGAUUCAAACGGCCCUCGGCGUUAUCAACGGGCUGCUGCCCGGUUCGCCCGGCGAUGCAUUGACCUCGUAUCGUUGCGGUGCGCGCGGUGGAGCUCUGCCUGCCCCUUCGGAGGAUCACUCUGGGUGUAUGGGCCCGCCGCCACCGCCAUCACACUCUGUCGGGGGAGUGGUUGGAUCGGGGGAGUACGCGGGUGUUAGGCUCCUCCCAGACGGAACUUGGCAAGCGAAGAUUGUCCCUGAGCCCGGGUCAUCAAGGACGCUGAUUCUUGGCCACUUCCAAGACCAGCAGCAAGCGGCCCGCGCGUUCGCUGCAGCUGCAGCCGUGCUCAGGCGGAGCAAGCCUCCCCGGGGUCGUGUGUGGCAGCUCACCGGCGAGGAGAUGGACCUGCUGGAUGGCUGCACGGCCGAGAUCGUGCGGCAGCUCACUGCCGCACGCGUCUGGGGGCGGUGGGAAAGGUGGCGCGUCGAGAUUGCUUCCCUCGGUGGUGCCAAACCCGCCCCUGCACCCCCCGCUGUCGUGGCAGCAGCGCCAACCGCACCCGCAGCUGCUCCAACCACACUUGCCCCGGCGAAUGCAGGCAUCGCCCCUCCUGCCGUGGCUCUUGCACCUGCACAGCCCACCCCUCCCGGUGGAGCUACUGCUGUGCACGUCGGAACAACUCCUGUGCCUGCGGGGGUUACUCCCGCCCCACCAGCCCAUUCUACGCAAGCCACAUUAACCAACCCCCCUGUGCAGGCUGAUGUGGUGGCGUUUGCCUCGCUGUCGUUGCCAGAGAGCGACGAGGGGGAUGUGGGCAACAACGCGACAACCCACCCGACAGGUAUUGAUUACUUGCAGCGUGGUGUUUAG